UCUGAACGGCAGCCCCGAAAUAGUUUUCCCCCAACCCGGCAGCUCCUCCUUCUCUACGAUUUGGGAUCAUCAUAUCACUCGAUCGAUCUCCAUUGCUCCCUCUCGAUUCACCUUCAUGUCGUCCGGAGAAGGGCUUUUGGGUUUCCUCGAUGGUAUUCUAGGGCGAGUCGGCUGUUUCUUCGGAUGCAUUCGGUCCAGAAAUAAUGUCGAAGGAACGAAGAAUCGCAAGGAGCCUUCGGUGUCAAAACGGCAGCUUGGAUCCUUUUUCAUCAACGAAGAGGCUGAUUCUCUACCUGAUGGAGUAGUUUGUCCAAUCGCAAGCGACACCUUUGCAACUGAUAGCUUAUAUAAGGAACUCAAGCGGGAGGUUGAGAUUUUGAAAGCUUGUGGUGCUCUCCUACAAACUCCUGUAGAAAUUCGAAAAGCUUCAGGGAAAGUAACACUUCAAGAUCCUGAUAAGCUUGAAGGCACAUCUUCCAGUUACAUUUUAAGGUUUUCUGGUAUUUCUAAGAAGAUUCUGUGGGAUGAAAAGCAUGAGAUUUCGAGUAUCCCACUACAGGUGCAAAACAAUGAUGGUAUUUCACAUGAGAGCUUCCUAUUGGACAAUCAACAGAGUCCACAGCACAAUGACAGUCUUUUACCAUCAGUUAAUUCAAGCAGCUCAGUGCUUCUUGAAGGUGUACAUGAAUAUUGUACUGAAUUGGUGGUGGAAACUCAUACUCCUGAUACUUCUCCCUCUAAACAUGAAUCUCAUCUCCAGUUAUUUUCUUCUAAAGUUUCUCCUUUUGCGACUCCAUUUAGAGUGACUGAUGAGAUGGAGACACCAGCAACUAUUUACCCAUCCAAUCUGGAGCACAUUAGAACAGGGAAGGGCCCCAGGAUUAGGAAUCAGUAUGUGUAUCCAGUUCCCAUCGUGGAAAAUCAUUCACAGUGGAAAGUCUUGAAUGAAGAUUUCCCUGAAUCGUUUCAAUCACAUUACAGUUUCAAUCCUGAUGCUGGAGAGAAGGAACAACAAAUGUCUGCAUCACAGCCUGAGGGUUCUGAAUUAUCUCUCAGAACCAGAUUCUCUUCUCCAAGAAGUGAAAAACAGAAAGAUGAGGUAGUCUAUACAGAUAAAUAUACUACUGGAAAGAUAUUGAGCACAUUAGAAACACCUUCCAGUAACACAGAUAUGAAACUAGUUAGCCCACAGUACUCAGAAGUAGUGGCUAGCUUGUCUCAAUGGUUGAAACCUCCAAUGACAAGGGAUGACUCACACAAUAAAAAAUCUUCCUCAGCAAAGAGUUCUGAUGAUAGCAGGCCUAUUCUAGGCAUGGUUGCUGCGCAUUGGAAAGAUGACGAGCCUGAACAUACAUUAUAUAAAAGGUGGGAUGGAAAUGGUAUUCCAAACUCAACAAAUAAAUACAAGGAGGAUCAGAGAGUCAACUGGCAUUCAACACCAUUUGAAGAGAGACUAGAGAAGGCAUUGUCUGAUGAAAGUUUCGUAUCACAAAGGAAACACAUCUAUGGAAAGAAAAUGGAGUUGGGUGAUGAAGAUCUGAGUGACACAGCAACAUCUUAAAACAGACCCUGAAGGUUAAUUUUUCUCACUUGGUGAAGGUAAUAGCUAACUAAAUUAGUGAAAACUUUGAAGGUUGUUGUCAAAUUCAUGCAUUCAAUCUCUGCCUUCAUAAAAUAGGGAUUUCCUUCCAUAUAUAUUAUCAAAAAUUAUAAAUGAAAAAAAGUGUCACACUA